CUGUGUUUGGAGGUUGCAGGCUGAGAGGAGUCAGGGCCUGGGCUUGCGGAUCGCUAUGGGAGACCAGGCUGUCGGUAGGAGAGUACACAGGGACAACGCACGGUAGUCGGACCACCUGAAAGCAUCGUCUCCGUCUGCGCUGACCUCCGGCCCGCGGCAAACGACCGAGGGAGUCACCUCCGAGUCCGGCCUCUUGCUCAACAGCCUCAGAGUUGGUAUGUGAAACAUUUGGAGUGCUUUGUUUUUGUUCAUUGCAUGGUGAUGGCUGAGCAAGUAGUGGAGGAGGAGAUAAUCAACGUUUCAAUGUACCAGGGAGAUUCCCACAGUGUAUGGAGAGACCCUCGCAAUACGCCAGUCAUCACCAUCUCUGAUGACUCUGACUCAGAUGAUGAUCCUCCAGUUGUGGCCAUCAAGAAUCAACUCGCAGAGGAUCAAGAUGUUGUACUCAUUGAGACCCCUGUAAGACAAAUUCGACCUCCUAUCAUCAUCCGACCUGCAUCGGAAUGGCGAAAUAUGCAACAAGAGGAACAGCGAAGGGAAAACUUUGGAGGAAAUGAAAACUUUGAGGAGGAUCGGAGUUGCAUCUUGGUGGCACAGCAUAAAAUUACGUCCGAGUUAGUGGCAGUAAAGGCAGAACCUAACCAAGCCCACCCUCAGCUGGCCACCAGAAAUCAGGACAUUGCAGCAGGUGAACAACAACAUAUUGCACAAAGGAACCAGGAACAAAAUCAGGUGGACCCCGGAGUAGUUGCUGGUCCUCCUCGGGAUGUGCAGGCUCCUGAAGUCCAAGCAAAUGAAAUUGAACUACUGGGCAUUCCACUUUUUCCACCAGCUAAGGUGCCGCAAACUGAACAGGAAGAAGCUUCAGUGAGACUGGUGAGGGAGCAAGAUCCUGUGUUACCUCAGCCAGAUAUUUUACAGGACCCAGUACGAGAACAGAUUCAGCAAAUUGGUAAUGAACACAUUGGGCAGGGACACCAAGGGGAGGAUGUAUUAGAAAAUAUAAUAAUGGACUUGGAGAAUUUUGAGGAAGCUGCUGGUGAAGGCAAGGAAAUCUUAAGGUCACUUGUGAAAGAAACAGUGAAUCUGUUCCCUGAUAUAGAAGAACAGUUCGUUGAAGAGCUGAUUACGACGAAUGAAAUCUGGGAUUUAAAUGUCUUGUGUAACCACCUCCUGGAAAAUCCUGAUUAUCCGAAGAAAAAUUUAAUUUUCUCACACAGCAGCAGUUUGCUUGAAAGUAAUGAAGAGAAACCUAAAAUGGAUUUUUUCGACUUCUCGAAGCUUGCUCCUGUGAACCAGCAAUGUUUUCUUCAGGCUUCUGACCUCCUCAUGGCAGAUUUUAAAAUGUUAAACAGUCAAGACAUCAAAUGGGCUUUACAUGAGCUCAAGGGACACUAUGCAAUCACCCGCAAGGCCUUAUCAGAUGCUAUUAAGCAAUGGCAGGAAAACUCGCCACAAUCCAGUCAAAAAAAGAGCAGAAGAAAAGAAAUGAGCUCAUCUAAUUCAAUCAGUUUCAAAUUUGAACAAGGUGCCUUUAAAAUAGAGAGACAGAUGCGCUUUCUAGAAAACAAAAGACGACACUGGAGAUCGUAUGAGCGGGAUGGCCUUCAUCCUCUAGUGCGACAAGAACUGGAGUUCUUCCAUCAGAAGAUGAAAGAGAUGGAAGAGUAUGCAGAUUUUCAAUUUGCUAUGCAAAUGAAUGAAGAACAAUAUCAGAAGGAUGGACAGCUGAUUGAAUGCGGCUGCUGUUAUGGAGAAUUUGCCUUUGAGGAGUUGACGCAGUGCAGUGAUGGUCACCUCUUCUGUAAAGAAUGCCUCAUAAAAUACGCACAAGAGGCUGUGUUUGGAGCUGGCAAGUCUCAGUUGUGUUGCAUGGACAGUUGCUGUAGCUGCACGUUCCUCAAUGGUGAAUUGGAAAAGGUACUGCCAGAGAACAUACUAUGCAAAUACUAUGAACGUCAAGCUGAAGAGGCAGUCGCUACAGCCUGUGCUGAUGAGCUUGUACGAUGUCCAUUCUGCAACUUUCCAGCACUACUGGACAAAGAUAUUAAUAUGUUCAGUUGCCCCAAUCCUCGCUGUCGAAAGGAAAGUUGCAGGAAGUGUCAGGUGUUGUGGAAAGACCAUGCUGGGCUGUCAUGUGAUCAGGUGGUCGAAAAAGAUGAAAUCAAAUUCAGGACGUCUUUUGAGGAGAAAAUGACCGCAGCUGCGAUCAGGAAAUGUCAUAAAUGCACAAUGGGCCUCAUAAAAUCUGAAGGAUGCAACAGGAUGUCCUGUCGUUGUGGGGCACAGAUCUGCUACCUCUGCCGGGCUCCAAUAAAUGGGUAUGACCACUUCUGCCAACACCCACGGUCACCGGGUGCGCCUUGUCGUUUAUGCAAGAAGUGCUCUUUAUGGACAGAUCCUAAGGAAGAUGACGAGAGACUCAUCCGAGAGAUUCAAAGUGAAGCUGAAAAUGAACAAAAGAAAAGGAUUGGAGAGCAAGCUGUGAAAAGAAUUGGGCCUCCUCCAGAGGAUCCUCCUCCCAAGAAUGCAAGAAUUGAAGAAAGAGGUCAAGCAGUGCAUCCUGGAGUGAAUUUCAACCGCAAUGACCUUCCUCGACCAGCGCCAAUGAUACCCGAGUUUCCCCCUAUCCCAGCUGUGCCCCCUCAUCUGCAGGUCCCCUUUCCACCGCCUCCCUAUUUUCACUUCAACUUUGACGCUCUGCAGCAUAUUAAUUUUGAGCAUGAGUACCCAAUGCACUUUGGCCCGCAGCCCUACCACCGGCGUCACCGCCACCAUCAUCACUAUCACCAUCGUCACCAUCAUCAUCCUCCUGAGCCUCCACACCACCAUCAUCCGCCACACCAUCAUCGUGACGGUCCCCAUGGACACCCAAAUGUGCCGCCGGUUUACCAGCCACCACAGAACCAUAUGAUGUUCAACUUUGUACCGGGACCAGAGCAGCGUAACCUUCGAUGACCAGCAUUGCCCCUGUAGACUUUCUUUUGAGCCAAAGAGACCUUUGGUGUUUGCUGUUUGCUGAAUGUUUAAAUGAAAGGCCACAGAUAGAUUUACUGUGUAAAUACUGAUCAAAUAAACCAUACUUUUUUUCUUGCAAAA